CCUCGGCCGCCGCCCGUCUUCCCCGCCUCCGUCGGCCGCCUCCUCUCCCGGACGCCGCCACCUCGGCCGCCGCCCAUCUUCCCCGCCUCCGUCAGCCACCUCCUCUCCCCGACACCGCCUACGCCACCCUGCCUCGGACGCCUCCUCUCCCGGACGCCGCCUCGGUCCCCAGACUCCCCACCUCCGUCGCCUCCUCGGUCGCCCACACCGGACGCCGCCUCGGCCGCCUCCGUCGCCCACGCCGAACGCCGCCUAAGCCGACGCCUCGGCCCCCGAUAGCCGUCCCCGCGUCGGCUGCCGCUUCCAUCGCCCACGCUGGACUCCGCCUCGGCCGUCGCCAGCCGUCCCCGCCUCGGCCGCUGCCUCCGUCACCCACGCCGGAAGCCACCUACGCCGCCGGCCACAGAUUGCCCUCGCCUCCACCCCACCACCGCCCCUCCACCACGCCUUCAACCCUAGCAUCUCCACCGCGCCGUCGUCACCUCACCGCACCCCGCGACUGACGCCGUCGAGCUCCUCCCCUGCGCUGCCCACGCCCUGCACGUCCACUGCGGCCGCCCCUCCACCACGCCGCCCGCGCACGUCCACCGUGUCGCCUCCGCCUCUCCGCGACCGAUGCUGCCUCCACUUCGGAGACAUCCUCUGACUCAGUUGCCUUCGCUCUUGGCGUCGCCGGGAGCCACCGCAGAGAGAAGACGCACCCCCGCCUCCGCUCGCUCCCCGGGGCGCCGCCGCAACCGUCGUCCAAUGCUACGGUUCGCCCCCGCCUCCAACGACGUCGCCGGUGCUCCCAACAUCCCCCUCUGUAAAUCAUUGAGACUUCAUAGCAUUCUCCAGGAGUUUUUGAGCCAGACAUGCAUGAAUUCAGCGGUCAGCUUUUCACUGUUUCAGAAUUCAGAAUUGUCUUGUUCUACUGAAUUGGUUGUGAAUUCAGCGAUCAGCUACUCAUUGUUUCAGAAUUCAGAAUUGGAUUUGAUGGAAUACAUAUGCAUGCAAAUAGCUGAAUUCACACUUGGAGAUUGCUAUGAAGUCUCAAGAAACAAUCAGCGACCAAAUUGCAGGAUAGGCGCGCUGCCAUCGCCUGUGCAGAUAAUGAUCAUUGCGUCCUCCAGCGACCCGAGGAGUGAACUCCAGGAAAAAAGGAAUUGCUAAUGCUGUUCCCAUCAUCGGGCAAGUUUGCAAGUUUAGAAUAUCCUUGUUAGUAUUUAGGUACUGCACUUCCAAAAGAUAUUGAGAACUAUUCCUUUAUUUAUUGCUAGAGAUAUAUGAGAAAUGUACCAAUGAGCUUGAUAGAAUUCCAUAGAAAGGAAAUUUGUUUAUUAUUUUUUGCAUAAUUUCUUUUAUGUAGAGGAGAAAACAACAAAUUUUUGGAAAUAUAAGCACUAUCAUUCAAAAUGAACUCUUCUGGUCAUGGUUUCUAUUUUCUAUUUAACUAUGUAACUAUAUCCUUUAUUUUCCACCUUAGCCAAAAUAAAAAAUGUACUGUUCUCAUAAGGAUAAAAAAUUGCAUAAAAAUGCUUAGUGCAUUUCCUGACUACUUAUGCCAUAAAUUACUAAAUUACUAUGUAAUUAUGCUAAAUGAUGCAUUUAAGAUAGAUUGAAACUGUUUGUUUGCUUGCUGUUCAGACUUCUUACUGUUGGGGGAGAUGGAAUUGAAAUCAAAACAAAUGCCCUAUCUUCACAAAAUGCUAUAGAAAUUAUGGUUACAAGUUACUUCCGAAUUCUAAUAUUACUUUAAUGUUGAUCCAUGCUUGUUCUUUCUGAUUGUUAUGUUUUUUUUAUCUUGUCUCCUGGUAGUGUUGCCAUGUAGCAAUCAACAAUAUUGGAGUAAAUUGUCACUACUAUUGAGAAAUACUUGUUGUUGCAUAGUUCUGAUCUCCCCUUCCGCAUUUCCUUGUUUCCUCUAUUGAUAAAAAAUAUGUUCUAUGCUAAAAUGGCAAAACAUCUAGAUGGAAAACUCACAGGUCAUUCUAAAAAUAUUAAAGGAUCAUAAAUAGCUUCCUGCAUGGCUGAUGUUUUGGUACCUUUAUUACUUCUAUCUCUCUAUUUUUCUCUUAAAAUGCAUGAUCCAGUGUUACUAAUUUUCAUGUUAUUUUGGACCUACAUUACUAUAGUUGACCUAUGUAUAACGUAUGGUGCUGACUACCUAUAAACAGCUAGCCACUUUUCUUAUAUGUACCUGAGGUCCUCAGUAGAUUGUUAGCAUAUUUUGUGCUCUCCCCUGCGUUCAACCUUCGUUACUUGAUCUGGCGCGUGAAACAAGGCCGCACAGGUGGGAAGGCGAAGGAGAGACAUCACCUCCAACAGUGAAAUUCCUAUCAACAUUAAGCUCAAAUUUCCUACACAAGCUAUGUGUUGCUAUGUUGCAAUGAGUCGUAGCGGUUAGUGUAAUGUAUCAUUCCUUUAUAUCCUUCCUUGCUGUCGAAUUAUUUAUCCUCGGAAUGUGUAGUGAAAUUCUUUAUGUUGUGUUGUGUAUAUUCUCACAUAUGAUUUAUCCAUGAUGUAUUAUUUGAGUUUCGAGAUAUUUCAAUGUUUAUCUUAC